UAUUGUUGUAUGCUGGGAGAACGAGAAUCGACACAUAUCACCCUAUUUGGAAGCAGUUUUGUAAACUAGCUGUCAAUUACUUGGACAGCGAUGUAACUUUAUCUUUUAUAAGGAUAAUAUUACAAAGUUUAUGAAAUUUCAAUAUGUUGUUCGAUUAAGUGCAUCUCUCAAAGAACGCCCGAGUCGGUAACGUCUGCUAUUUCGAUAGGUCGUCGACCAACCCAGUUUUGGUUUGGGCUCGUCGAUUAGGCCAGUGACUUCCCCCGCAUAUUUCCCAAUACUUUGUGAGUGAUCAUGGACUUGAUGUUUGAAUGGGAAUAUGAAGGGGAUAGGUUUUCAUUCGAAGACAGUGACCGAUUUGAGGAGGAUUCGCUAUGUUCUUGGGGAAGUGAGCCCGAAAGUGUAUGCAAUAACUGGAGGGGUUGGAAAAGACAAAAUGGAGGACCCAACGUAGGCAUAAACAGGGAGCGUCUAGUUACACCUCUGGCUGAGCUUGCUGCAAAAGCUGUUGCAUGCUAUAUACCUUUUGAAGUUGUGGAGCAUUAUCCAGAACCAAUUCCAGAGCCCAUACAGUUGCGGAUUGCCUUUUGGAGUUUCCCUGAGAGCGAAGAGGAUAUACGAUUGUAUUCGUGUUUAGCUAAUGGAAGUGCUGAUGAAUUUACUAAGGGUGAACACCUUUAUAAAAACAAAAGUGUUAAAGACACCUUGCAAAUUGGUUUCCAUUUGAGUGCUACAGUAGUCACCACACAAAAUGCAGCCCAAGGCCAAAGUAAAGGUUCAUUCAACGUGGCUGUUGUUUUUGAUCGUAGGAGGAUUUCAUCAUGCACUUGUACAUGUGGAAGCUUUGCAUCAUGGUGUUCGCACAUUGUGGCUCUUUGUUUGUUUAGAAUACACCAGGCUAGCUCAGUCUGUCUACGAGCUCCAGUAUCUGAGUCAUUAUCUCGACUACGCAGAGAUCAGUUACAGAAAUUUGCUCAGUACCUUAUUAGUGAACUGCCGCAACAGAUUCUACCUACAGCACAGCAAAUUUUGGAUGAGUUGCUCUCUUCACAAGAAACAGCAAUGAAUACUGUAUGUGGUGCCCCAGAUCCAACUGCUGGUCCAUCUGCUAGUGAGCAAACAUCAUGGUCAUUGGAUGAAUCAACACUUCAUACUAACAUAAAAAAGACCCUUGUCAAAUUCUGUAUACCAGCACCUAUAGUGUUUAGCGAUGUAAAUUAUCUGAGUGCAAGUGCACCACCUGCAGCUACAGAAUGGCAAAGUUUGUUGAGACCUCUAAGGGGGAGGGAGCCUGAAGGCAUGUGGAAUCUGCUAUCUAUAGUGAGAGAGAUGUUUCGUCGGCAUGACAGUAAUUCUGUACCUUUGCUGGAAAUACUCACAGAUGAAGUCCUUCAAUGUGAACAGAUUCUUAUAUGGUGGUUCUCUACAAAAGUGUCACCCUGUAACAAUGCAACUGUAAUUCACUGCAGUCGAAGUGGUAAUUCUGCAAAUGCAACACAGAAUGCUGCUUCCAGUCUGUGUGAUGAGAUUGUCACCCUAUGGAGACUUGCUGCGCUCAACCCAAAGCUUUCACCUAGCCAGAGACAAGACAUGGUAGAAAAGUUUAGAGACUGGCAUAUCAGCACCAUUGAGAAAGUACGUAAAGCUCGGAGCAACAACUCUAGCACCUCAGCCACUGGAAUAAAGAAAGGAGAUGUGGAAAUUUUCCCUGGAUUUAAGCCAGCCAUUGAGGCUUGUGCUUUAACCUGGGAUGACUAUCCUAUCCCUGGAAUAACAUACUCUGCUAAAGAUGGUUCUAGAUUUGUCUAUCAUUUUAGCUCAAAAUCUCAUGACAGUGAAAGUAAAAAGCCAUCUCGUGUGCAGCCAGUUACUAUAUGUUCGCAAGAUAUUAUAAGCACGGAUAACCCUAACAGAAAUCUUGCUCAUUCCCAACGAUCUCAGGACAUCAAUAUUGGACGUGGACGUUCUUCUGAUUGCCGUCCACCUUUGCCAAAUCGGCGUGACUCUGGACAAGAUGGAGCCAUGAGUUCAGGCUCAGAAGGAUUUUGUGAGCCUGAAAGAGGCUUCAGAGAUUCAGAUUCAAGUGGUGAUUACAAGGGUACACACUCAAGAAGUAAUUCUUUUGAAGAAGUUGACUCCCCUCACAGUUUUAAUCACAAGUCAUCCAUUCCGAAUACUUCACAAUUAUCAAACAUCAUUAGACCAAUAUCAUUAUCCAACAAACAGCAUUCUCUAGAAAUUGAUGUAUUUGAUGAACAUUUAGCUGAAUUUGAUGCUGGUGUUGGUGAUUUGGCUCCCAUCAUCAACCAAAAGCAUCCUCACAUGCCACCCUUACUAGGAGCUUGUGCUUUUUCCACAUCUAUAAAAUCAGGACCCUGUACAACUACUACAACUACUACUGCUGUUGCAAAUGCUUCAUCUAGUCUUCAAGUUUCCUCAGGGUUAAAUUCUCAAGCAUUGCCAACAGAUCAACCCUCCCAGCCUGGAAGUAAGCAGCCAUCUAAUGUGGUCAUGGAGCCAGAUGAAUACCAAAUGUAUUUUUAUGACACAAAAUCAAAAUCUAACCUGGACGGUAAAAGGAAAGAUAAAUCUGAUGAGCCAAAUGUUUUUGCAGGCUUGAAAAAUGCUGAAAGUAUACAAGAUAUCUUGUUUGCUCGUGCUGAAGCUCUCCAUGCCCAUGGCCAUACAAAAGAAGCUUGUCGUCUUGCUCAACGCUUAGCUGAAGAGAUGCUUGAUAAUCCUCCAGACUUGCUUGCAGAGUCUGCUAGUGCACCAUCUCCUAAAUCAAAGAAAAAGAAGGCUCUCACCAACAUUAGUAUGCUAGCCAGUGCUCUGUUGUCAAAGGCUUCCUUUUUGAGCAGUGUAUUGUGUGAAGAUGAAGAAUGCCACCAUCUUGCGUUCCAGAUUGGCAUGUUUGGUAUGGAGUUAGCCAGACCACCGGCAUCAAACAAAGCUAUAGAGGUAAAGUUAGCUCAUCAAGAAUCAGAGUUGCUCCAGCUUUUGAAAAAAAUACCUUUGGGAGUGCAAGAAAUGUCAGAAAUUCGAAGCCGCGCAGAGCAGUUACGUGAUGGAACCUUGAAAUCCAGAGGAGAGGCUCUACUGCCCCUUAGUCUUGCCACUUUUAUAUUUGACACUUUAUGUAUACCUGCUAAUAUGAUGUACACUCAAGAUGAAAAACUUGGGUUUGAAGCUGCUGUGACUGCAUUAGGUAUGAAGGCCAACAUAGCGGAGGCAGAUCACCCAUUGUUGUGUGAAAGCACAAGAAGACAGCGAGGAGAACUGGCUAUCUCCAUGUUGGUUCACUACAAAGAUGAUCAAAUCAAGCUAAGCAAAAUCAUGGACAAGCUGUUGGAUAAAGAGGUCCACCAGCAGUACAAAGCUCCCAGUCUAAUCAACUACCUAUCUGGUCAUAAACAACCUGCCUCCUCACAUAAUGCUUCUGGAGCUAACUCAAGCAGUGGUCAUCACAGGGAUGGGAACAAUGUUGCUGGACACAGAUCUCAUGGUAACAGGAGAGAUUUUGAUAAACAUAUAGCUCCAGGAGCUAUGGGGGCCGCUGUUGCAGGUCCAAGUGCAGACACACCUCGUACAGAAAGAGGAGUCUGGCGUAAUGGAGAUGAGCGUCCAGAUUCAGGAACAGGUACAGACAAUACAUCUACUCCGAUAGCUGCAUCAGCAAAUACAACUCCAAACUGUGGAGCAAGACCAAAGACAACAUUUUCCAUGAGGUACACUAGUGGACGGGACACAGAUAGUUCAGCCAUGGAGGAAGAAGAUGACUUAAAAGCUCUAGAGGCCAAAAUCAGAUGUAUGGGCAUGAAAAAGAAACCAUCUCAAGGAAUGGCAAGUAUUGACAGCAGUGCUCCAGAAACCACUUCAAGUGACAACUCUCCCACCUUGAUACGAAGAAACUUUGGUAAACAUCAGGGCCCUGGAAGUGACAGUGGAAGUAGUGGAGAGAGUGACUCUCUAGGCUCUAGUAGCAGUGGAGACAAAGGGGGAAGGGCAUUGCCUAGAGAUAAUGAAAGCCCCCCAAGUCCAUAUUUGAAUCGCAUGAUGCUGCCACAAGCUCUUAUGGACUCCAGGAAUCAAGUCAGUGCCAAGACUCUCAGAUAUAAAGGAAGACAACGAGUUAUGCCUACAGUCCCUAAUCAGCCAAGUGAAGCAGGAUUCCACUUUAUGUUUGAACUAGCUAAAACUGUAUUACAAAAGGCAGGUGGCUCGUCCUCCACCUCCUUGUUUACACAACCUUCAAGUAACACUAGCCAUGCUGGGCCUCAUAGAAACCUGCAUUUAUGUGCAUUCCAGAUAGGCUUGUAUGCAUUAGGGCUUAGUAAUUGUGUGACUCCCAACUGGCUGUCUAGGACUUACUCUUCUCAUGUUUCAUGGAUCACAGGUCAAGCAACUGAAAUAGGCAGUGCAGCCAUUAGAAUGAUAAUUGAUACCUGGGAGGGCCACCUGACACCACCAGAAGCUGCCUCUUUAGCUGACAGAGCUUCCAGAGGGCGGGAUCCUAACAUGGUCAGAGUUGCUGCAGAGCUGGCACUUUCUUGUCUGCCACAUGCUCAUGCCCUCAACCCUUCAGAAGUGCAGAGGGCCUUGUAUCAGUGUAAAGAACAAAGUAGAGACAUGUUGGAGAAAGCGUGUCUGGCUGUUGAAACAGCUGCUGAAGGUGGUGGAGUUUUCCCAGAAGUUCUCUUUGAUGUUGCUCGCCAUUGGUAUGAGUUGUCAGAAGAAGCCAGCCAAAAUUCCCCAGACUCUGUAGAUGGCAGUGACAGUAGCAGCCAUACACUGAGAGCUAGAAGAGAGUCUGGAAGCCCUGCCUCCCUCACAGACCCUGGGUCAUCCAGGUUUGUAUGUAGUGACAGAGCCAGCCCAAAUGCAGGAAAUUCCUUGGUACAUUACAGCAAUAUAACAGUCCCAGUUCACAAUAGUCAGUCCCCACCACAUACCCAACAACAGAUGGUCAACCCUGUAUGUUCAUCCCCUCAACUUAUUCAGUCACAAUCUCCCCACCUGCCCCCUCAAACUGUUGUAUUACUGCCAGCACCUAAUGCUGGACCCCCUCAACUGGCUGGCCAUUACAUUCAGCCUUACAGCUACGUACAACAAGUGACCACAUCAGGCCCACCUCCUGGUCCCUUCCCACACCACCACUUCCAGCAUACGCCACCACAUCAUGCCCUCCAUAACCAUGGGAUCCACCCGCAUGCAUAUGUUGCUUCAUACACUUACCCUGGACAGCCUGCUUUCACAACUCUGCCACCCAAUAUAUACCAUACAGGGAGUGCCCCUCACUUGCGCUCCAUGCCACCCACUGUCCAGGUAUUCACUACUCAGCCCCAUCCUGCCAUGCAUGCUAUGCACCCUGUUGAGGUGGUGACCACAAGUCCCCCAACAGGCAGUCCAUCCAUGAAUUCUACAGUAGCUAUUCCUCAAAUGCAACCCAACACACACAAUCAGAUGCAGUUAAAUUACCUGAUGGCUGCAUUUCGCACUGGCAUGCUUGCUAUGGAGACCCUGUCACGUAAAGUUCAUGAUGACAGACCACAGACUAAAUAUGCUCGUAACCCACCAUAUGGAGAAGAUGUGAAAUGGCUUCUGGGUGUUGCCAUCAAACUUGGCACAACAUUCCUACAGCAGUUUUGUGCUAGUGCAGUGAAUGCAGUUGUCAGUCCCUUCAUUCUAUAUGAUCUGGCAAUGGAGGCUGCCCGUUUCCUAGCUCGCAACAACCUUACUCAUGUCCCAACACACCUUAGAUCAAAUAUACUCAACUCUUUGUUCCAGAAAUGCUUGCAGAUGUUUAUACAGUGUGCUCACCAGCGGAUACACCAUAUCAACAAUGCUGAUUAUGAUGAAUUUGUAAGCAUUGUUUGCAAUGCCAGGAAUGCAUUUUAUCUGGCGCCAGGGGGCAUUGUCCAGUUUAAUGAACUACUUCAAAGUCUACGCAGGUCCAAAUCAUGUCGCAAAGAGCUUUGGCAGAGAAUUGUUAAUGGUCUUGCAAGUGGAACUGUUUGAUGGUACUUUUUUUAGGGUUCCAUUAUAGCAGUAAUAUUUUUUAUUCUAUUAUUUAUUAUUCAUUCACUUGAUAUAUGUGCCCUUAAUACUAUUUAUAAAGUGUUGUAAGAAAAAAAAUUAUAUUGAAUAUGCAUUUUUAAAAUAUCUUGAGAAAUAGUUCUAUAAAAAUGAAUCAAGCAAAAAUGAAUUUUUAAAACUUUCUUUGAUUAUUUUCUAAAAAAAUUUUUAAACCUUAAAAAUCCUUUUCUUUGAAUGAAUUUAGCUUGAUCUAGAAAUACAUUUUUGUUGAACUAUUUCUUUUUUUACCAAUUCAGAUGCCAUAAAAAUAUUAUAAUACUUGGGAGUUUUAUUUAUUAUAACCUUUUAACUUAUUCUUAAAAAAAUAAUUUUCCAAUGUAAUAUUGCUUUUACUCAUUUUUUAUCCAUGUUUAAUCACUUUUAAUAUUAAAAAAAAUUGAUAUCCUUAAACUUCAGGUCAUAGAGCCAUAUAUUUCAAAGGCUUAAAUUCACACAAAAGUAAUUGUUGCUAUAGCUGAAAGCAUACAUUAAUUUUAAGCAAUCAGCCAUCUUUUCAUUGAGUAACAAUUGCUUAAAGUGUAGGUGAAACCUAUAUCUUCCUCACUCUCAAUGCUUUAUCUAAUACAUUUAUUCAUUGUUGUUAAACAGUUGUGGGGUGGGAUGAAAAUAAUGUUGAUGAACGUCUUGUAUGUGUAGUGGUGGUGAAAUCAUCUAUUUUGUCUAAGUAUAUUUUUUUGUAUAUGAAAGAGGUGACCACUCAACAUCAUGCUGACUAGUAUUUAUUGAAAGCAUAUUUCUCUACAAGUUAAAGAUCACAGGGAUAAUUAACUUAUUUAAAUACUGACAAUUAUUAUGUAAGAGUAAUACAAUUGUUCUGAGACUUUAAAUACAUGACUGUACUGGAGUAGUGUGUAGCUAUGAGUGUCGGUCAAUCUAUUUGUAUGAAAUAUGUGUUGUUGAACAGAAAUCUUAGCCUUAGAAAUAUAUAUUGGUGUGUAAUAUGUAUAUUUGUCCUAGUUUAUCUAUUUAUUAUUUGUGUAAAAUUUGAUUAGAUUAUUUAUUGUCAUACUGUUAUAAAGAAGUUUUGUACCCUCUCACCCCUAUAGAGAAUCUGUGAAACAGUAUUUCUUUCACAAUCAGGGAUUAUUAGAAGAGCUAUUUAUUUUUAACUUCAGUUGUGGUAACUGUUGUACUGCCAGAUUUUUAGCUACAGUACUAGAAACUGGUAGAAAAUUGAAGGACAUAUUAAAAAACUGCUUUUUAAAUUACAAAAAAAUAUGUAUUAUAUUACAGAUUUGAAUUUUAUUACAAAACCUUUUAAGCUUUGUGUAUUUUAAACUCAGUUUUUACAUAAUUGAAUGUAUUUAUCUAUAUUUUUUCUCAACUGCACCCUAAAAUCUUGAUUUUUUAGAUGUAACUUUGUGAAGUCUUCUGACUGCUCAUGCUGAUGGCAUGACUACCUCAUGUUCUACAUGCAGGAGUGUCCACAUACUGACAUUCAUUAUUAUCUAAUAUGUUCUGGGAUAAAUAAUGGAUCUGUCAUUCAUUUUAUAGAUUUUAAACUGUAAAUAGAAUUAAGACAAAUUAAGCCUAUAUAGGCUACUGGUGUAUACAUAUUUAUUGUGAGUGGUCUAAUAAAUCAACAUUUUAAAACUGUUUUUAAGCAUAAAAUAUGUUACAUUUGAAAAACUGUAAACAUGAUCAUAACGUAACGGUAAAAACUUGAGAUUUUCUUGCAUCACAUUUACUUCAGGCUUUAAGAAUAUUAAAUACAUGUCAGACAAGGGCCUUAUGUAGUAUAAAACUAAUUCAUCCGUUUUUUGUAUUGGUCAACAGUGAUGCAUUUGAAGUCAAUUAAAAUAAAACAUAUUGAAGUAGAAAACGCUAUCGUAAAGUUAGUCUUGAUGAUGUAAACUAUGUCCAUUAUGAAUACUUUUAACACUAUACUGCUUUUAAACUGAUAAAACAGCCCUUAAACACAUAUUGAAGCCAACAGACCAUCUGGUUUCACUGUCCUUAUUUAAAUACUUAUUUAACCUGCCUAGUUAAAUUAUUGAAGCCAACAGACCAUCUGGUUUCGCUGUUCUUUUUUAAAUUAUUGACAGUUUAUAUGCUAGCCCAAUAUUUGCCCAACUUUUUAAUCCUAUUUACCCUUUUCCAUGAUUGUCAUUGUCUAAGCGUGUACCCCUUUUAUAUAGCCAUGUAUAAUAUUUAUUCACUUGAACCUUGAUCCUAGGAAUUAGCCCAUAUUUAUUUAGAGUCCUACUAAAAGACUGUGUGGUGACACUAACAAUUCCUGUAUCCAUUUGGUGUUACCUUGCAUCUUUUGUUCACUUUUGGACAGUCACAAUGUAAAAUAAACCUUAAAAUCUCUCCAUUGAUUAUUUAUUUAUGCAAUGAUUGUAGACCAUGUCCAUUGAGGCUUCACUUAGAUUCACUAGUUUUCUUUAGCAGUAUUCCUCUAUGCAUCAACUUCAUAAUUAACCCAAGUCCUCAUUGACUUCUCUUUUUAAACAGCUACAAUGUAAUUUUAAACAUACAUUUAAUGUUAUUAUAACCAACACAUUUUAAACAUUUUUAUCUCUGCUCUUUUUAAAUAGCUAACCAACAGUAUUUAAUAUAUACAGCUAACUCAAAUAUUGUGCAACCAUUUUAAUUUUAAUUUAUAUUUCCAUUGAAUAUUGUUUUUAAACUUUAUUUUAGGUAUGAAAUAGUUUAAAAAAAAAAAGACAUUCUUUUAUUGAAAUUAUUUUAUGUAUAUUCCAGCAGAAGUGGACAUUUCUGUUUGUAUUAAACCAUUGCUUUUUACCAUGUAUGUACAUAUCCAUCGUUAAAAUACUACUGCUAUUCCCAUUAGUAGGAAUUUUGAGUAAUGUUUUUUUCUCUAAUUACCCGGCUAAAUUAAAAACCACACAUACUGCUCUUCUAUAUUACGUGACUUUAAGUAAUCACUCUGUUGAACAUUUUAGAUAUACUAAAAUUUGCCAUUUUUUGAUGAAAUAAUUCUUCAAGUAUUUGUACAAAACUUUUUUAGCAUUAUUACUACACUUGCGUCGGUACCAUCUGUUUUGGAUUGAUUCAUUACUACCUAAGAAUGGCUCUUUAACUUGAUGAAGUUUGGUAAUAUUUAGAAGCAAUCCACUUUAUAAACGUUUUAGUAAGCUAAACACAUUUUUAUAAUAUUUGACCCUUUUAAUAUUUUACUUUUCUUUUGAAAAUAACUUUUAUAAAUGCUCUAAGCUCUUUCUAUGGUGGAUUUAAUUGUGUGAAUAUUUGACACAGUGUCAUGAUCUCAAUGAAAUGAAAUUGCACUCAAUAUUGUGUAGCUGAAAUGUUUUCAAUCACCACCACCACCACCCCCAUCAAAUUGACACCAUCUCAUCACUUGUAACUUUGAUAAUUCACUAUGGCAUACAAUGACUAACAUACAUUGAUUGAUGAAUAUCAUUUUGACUAAGCAAUGGAGCAACUAAGAUUACCACCUGUUUAUCAUGUUGCCUUUUAGCAUCAUUUUUCAUUGUAAAACUAAACUGACUUGUAAAUAGCAUAACAUCAAACCAUUGUAAAUCUUUCAUAUUAUCUAUCUCUUUACAUAUGUGCUUCUUAAAGAAAUUCACUUAAAUUUGUAAAAAAAAAAACCAACAGAUUAUAUUAUUAUGUAUCAUGGUGUUGACAAAAAGAAAGAGGAAUAUUGCUGCGGAUUGUUGUUGAAUGAUGCCACAUUCAUGUCCUGUUCAUUUGCCCACCUCUAAUCACUUUUAUAUAUCCUUGAUCUUGCAAAUUUCUAUUGGAAAGUUUGACUUCAGUCUUUAGCCAUCUAUCUUGAAAAGAUUGAAUGUGUUGCACUUGCUAUGAAGCCAAGUCCCUUAAUCUGGUUGUGUCAAAACAUUUGCUUUUGUGGACAUUUGUUUUUGGUUGCUGCACCAGCAUUUUCUCUAGACUGUCUGUCACUACUUUGAUUAGAAAAAUCACACUGUCAACCUGUCUUUUCUCCUGUGGCUAAGUGUGUUCUCAUCAGUUUUCUCCAAGGACCAGCAAGGCUAAGCUUCAUGAGUUUGUGUCUUCAGGUCUGUUAUGUUGUUAACUUUUUCCCCUGUGUACAGACAACUAUGUACCUUUUUUCCUCCAUGAUAAACCUGUUGAUCUUUCUCUGGUAGAAAAUAAGAGCCAGAACGCUGCACAGAGAAAUCAAAAGUGUAUACAAGUAUGUUUAAAAGUCUAACUAAGUAACAAAGACUAAGAAAUUAUUAAAUAUAGUAAAACCUGGUGCCAUCCUUGUUCUUUUACACAUAGUUAUAUAUUUUUUCCUUGUUGGUUUUAUUAUAAAGAUUAGCAUUUAUGUUAAUUUUUAGGGAAUUUUAAUGCUUUGUUGUGCUUUUUAAAAUUAUGUACUUGGGAUUUAUUAACUUACAAUGCCCUAUUCAUCAAAAUGAUUUGAAAAAUAUGUGAAUGAAAAUACCUUUUAAAGCUUGACUAUUUAUGAUUCUCUGGAGAGGAAUAACUUUACUGUUUCUCAGAAUUUAUUUUAAACAAUGUAGGUUCAUGAUUAAUACUAUGGCAUUAAACAAUUUAUAAAAUUGUAAACUGCUAUUUCAAAAUAAAGUUUUAUGCUUGUAGGCUGACCCUUCAGAAGAAAAGUAAAAUUGUAGUGUUAAGCGGACUAUUUGAAAGCCUAAGUGAAAUUUUUGGCCAACCAUUUCCCUCUCAGCAUUGCCACAAUCCCAAAUGUUUUCAUGUUAUUUAUUUCCUCAUGACUGGCCAACCCUUCCUAUUGUUUCCUCUUGAUGUUUCCACUUGAGUUCAUUUGGUGUUAGUCCCACAUCACACCAGAGCUGUACAAUAUGUCUUGCUAGCUUGGGCAUCUGUCUUAGCUGGUCGUGGUUUACAAUUCUAAAGGGGAGUGGACAUUUUACUUACAUUAAUGUGUACUUUCAAAAUGUAUUUUACAUUUUUACUUACUAUUAAGGAACUCUCUUCUUAAAAGGCUUUUCUCUUCUAUCAUCAGGUAAAAACUAUUAUAAUCUUGUAGAUUGAAUUCCAUCCUUAUUAAAAAAAGUUUAAUGCUUUGAAGAGUUAAACAAUGAACUUUCUUGUUACCUGGUACUAGACUUUAAAACAAACUCUAGACUUUGCCCAAAUUAAAAGAAUAUAUUUUGUAAUUGAUAGAAAUUGAGAUUUAAUGAACUGUCUUAAAGUAUAUAUUGUAUUUAAUAAUAUUAUAUUGAAACUAUCCUUUAAAAAAAAGCUAUAACAUUUUUUUUUCUCUCUGGGCAUUUAGUCAUUGCAUUAGCUUGUAGAUGUUUAAAAAACCUAGAAAGAAGUGCGAUCUAUUUAUGCUUUGUUAUGCUGAGUUUGAGCAGUAGCUGUAAAGUUCAUCUCUGUGACAACAUGAGAGACAGCUGUAUGUUGAUACUUGCUCCUUAAAGGUAGAAAACAAAAUCAGCUGUUGUCUCAUGCUUUCUUGUCUUUCAGGCACAGAUUUUUUUAUUUCUUCAAAUAUGACUUUAAGCCAAACUCUGCACCUUAUCUGUGGUAUUUUUGUUUCAAUAACAUAUUUUACCAUUUAAAACAAUGACUUGGUAAUGGUUUUAAUUUUUAGUAGGUGUUGAUGAUGAUGGGAAUAGUAAACCGCAGUAAAUCAGUGCUUUAAUUUUUUCAAAUAGGAUUCAUAGUUGUACAACAGAAAAUUUUUCCCUGUAGGUGUGUUUGACUAAUGAAAUGGACACAACAAACUCUUUGUAUUCUGUUAGAGCAAUACAUCAGUUUUCAGAGUCUUAAGAUCAUGCUAGACUCCCGUGAAGCAUUAAAACAAAACUACCUCCAAAUCUGGAGACGCCCAUCAGGUGUCGAAGAUUUUCCUAUUGUGAUGCUUUAACAAGUCCAACCAUCAAACACUGAAAUCUGUCCUUCUACCUCGUCCUCUCUCCCCCUCUUAACCUAACUGCAGGCUGCCACAGUUGUCUAGAGCUCUGGUGUGUUGUGUGUGUUUUGAUGUUCAUCAUGUACCCCAGUCUCAUUACCCUAACAUUCAUAACCAAUUAUAUGCCCUACAAAGCCCCCUUGAAAGAAGAAAAAAAAAUUAGGGGCUAUAGUUUCUUUAGCCUGUUUUGAACUGAUUUUUUUUUUAUAAUCAUAAUUCAUUGUGGUAUUUUAAUGGUUUUCAUUUAUAUUUUACUUUGCAUCCUCUUGUCUUUGUAAUUCUUCAUUAAAGUUCUCAGGCUAA